AUGGCGCCUUCGCCAUCUCAGACAGCUCCGCUUCUCUCCCACACUCCGGCCUCUGUUAGAGACUCGGUGCACCGCCUUCUCGAGCAGUCAAGAAGUCUCCACGACCGUCUGGUUACGAUAGCCGAUAACGAGAUCUCGUGGGAGACUGGUAUCGCCCCGCUCGCCUACAACGAAAACCGGGCAUCUCUCGAGACGAACAUUCUCAAGUUCUACCAAUAUGCCAGUCCCAGCGCGGAGCUCCGCGCCGCUUCUCGGGAGGCCGCCCAGCAGCUUGAAGAAUUCGAGAUCGAAAAAUACAUGCGCGACGACCUCUUUAAAUUAGUCGACACUGUGAAACGGGACCCCUCGUCACAGAACUUGGACAUACAGGCACGCCACUACCUCAAUAGUGAACACCGGAAGUAUGUUGCCAACGGACUGAGUCUUAGGCCUGGCCCCGAGCGCGAUCGAUUCAAGGAAAUCAAGAAGCGGAUGAGUGUCCUGAGCGUCGAAUUUCAGAGUAACCUCGAUGAGGACACGCGCGAGAUAUGGGUCUCGGUGCAGGACUUGGAUGGUGUGCCGGCCGAUGUGAUAAACAGGCUAGAGAGAGACCCGGAACAGGACGGUGUGGUCAAGGUCACACUGCAGUAUGCGGACUAUUUCCCGGUUAUGGAUAAUGCGAGGAACAGCGAGACUAGGAAGCGACUCUUCCUGGCAUUUGAGAAUAAGUGCAAGGGCAAUGUGCCGUUGUUCCGAGAGAUGAUGAUCCUGCGCGAUGAGGCCGCGCGCCUGCUUGGGUAUGCCAACUAUGCGGCUUAUCAGCUGGAGGACAGACUAGUCACUUCCCCGGAAAAGGUCAACUCGUUUCUGGAUGAUUUGCGACGCAGCUUGGCUGAUCGCGGUGCCGAGGAAAUCAAGCGACUAAAAGCAUUGAAAAUAGCUGAUCAGGGAGAGGAACCUGCCGGGAGCGAACAAUACAGCCUCUGGGAUCAUCGUUACUAUAAUCGCCUGUUACUGGAAAGGGAUUACCAGAUAGAUCAGCAGGAAAUUGCCAAGUUCUUUCCCCUCAAUAAGACACUCGAGGGCAUGCUCGAAAUCUUCUCCAAGCUGUUUGGGCUCGUCUUCUACGAAAUAGAUGCCAGCAUUCAGACAAAGGAUUCAAACUGGCAUCCCGAUGUGCGCCUCUUCCACGUUUGGGACGAGGAUAACGACGGUGGUGAGUUUGUAGGAUAUCUUUAUCUUGAUCUCUACGCUCGUGAUGGAAAGCGUGGUCAUCCAUGCAACAUCAACCUUCAACCGGGAUUCGAAUAUGAGAAUGGCGACCGAAGUUACCCAUCGACCGUUCUGUUAUGCAGUUUUGCCAAACCCACUGGAACCAAGCCAUGCCUACUCCACCACUCGGACAUGGUGACACUAUUUCAUGAGCUGGGACACGGUAUCCAUGAUCUAGUCAGCAAAACCCGCUACUCCCGCUUCCAUGGGACAAUGACAGUGCUUGAUUUCUGCGAGACUCCGAGUAAAAUGCUAGAGAACUGGUGCUGGCUUCCGGGCCCGCUGCAGUCACUCAGUCACCACUACGAGACAGGAGAGCCCAUUCCGCAAUCGAUGGUGGACAAUCUCAUGAGAGUCAAGAGAGUGAAUAGUGGGCUUUUCUACCUUCGACAACUUCAUGUCUCUAUCUUUGAUUUGCAUAUCCAUCAGCCGCCGUCGCACACCAGUAUUCUCGAUACAAACAUUACAAGUACCUACAAUUCUUUGUGGCAGAGCAUCACCCAGAUGGCAGGACCGAGAGAUACCCGGGGAGAUGACUGGGGCCACGGCUACGCCACGUUCUUCCACCUACUUAGUGACUACGGAGCAGGAUACUACAGCUACCUUUUGGCCGAGGUCUAUGCAUUAGACAUGUUCUACUCUACCUUCAGGUCAGAUCCGCUAAACCCGGAAAAAGGCCGAAGAUACCGUCGCAUGGUCCUGGAGAAAGGAGGCAGCCAGCCGGAGAUGAAAACAUUGAGCGAUUUCCUGGGCAGAGAAGCCACAACGCAGGCAUUUUACGAAGAGCUUGCAAUAAGAGGACCAGAGUAG